CUGUCCACGAGUAGGAUGUCAGACGGAACAGACGGCUUGGAGAAACAACUGAAUGGCUUUGGGGAGAAGGGGAAGGAGAGGAGCCGCACGUCCCUGGUCAUCUCUCAGGCUGUUAACCGCAGUAUUUUCACCUCUGCAGUCUCCCCUGCUGCUGAACGUGUCCGCUUCAUUCUGGGAGAGGAAGAUGACAGCCCAGCACCCCCGCAGCUUUUCACAGAGCUGGAUGAGCUUCUGGCUGUUGAUGGACAAGAAAUGGAAUGGAAGGAGACUGCAAGGUGGAUAAAGUUCGAGGAGAAGGUAGAACAAGGUGGGGAACGAUGGAGUAAACCUCACGUGGCCACAUUAUCCCUGCACAGCUUGUUUGAGUUAAGGACGUGCAUAGAGAAAGGCUCAAUAAUGCUGGAUAUGGAGGCCUCUUCUCUUCCUCAGGUGGUGGAAAUGAUUGUCGACAAUCAGAUUGAGACAGGGCUCUUGAAGGCAGACAUGAAGGACAAAGUCACCUACACGCUGCUCAGGAAGCACCGGCACCAGACCAAGAAGUCCAACCUGCGCUCUCUGGCAGACAUUGGAAAGACCGUCUCCAGUGCAAGUAGGAUGUUUUCCAACCCCGAUAAUGGUAAUGCAGAGGCUAACUGGCUAUAGCCUUCCAUUUUAAAG